CGGUUUAAAAAUAAGUGGAGUAAUUUCAACACCUCAAAUUAUACCCCAGGAAUUUUGGAUCCAAUCAUACUCAAUGCUCUUGAAGAUGUGAAAGAAGAAACAGUAACGUUUAUCACGAAUCAGUUACAAGUAGCACAACCAAGAGAUGAUUACUGUGAACUUCUGGAGCUAUCAUUACUAUUCUUGAAUACUACUUCAUCUACACAAAUUUCUUUUAAACGACCUGGUGCUAUGCACCACGCUCGUUGGAUGGCAAAAGCCAUCUAUUCUUUAAAAAUAUUCAUGUUCCGCAAUCAAUUUAACCUUAACUUUAAAGAAAUAACCGGAAUACGACAAAUUUGCAUUUUUGUUCUAAGAUUUUAUAUACCAACAUGGUUUCAGGCUUCAUCUGGCAUAUUAGCACCGAAUAAUGAUUUAACUUUAAUGAAAGACUUAUUACUUUACAGCCAAAACAAUCCUUCUUUCGCUAAAAUUGCCGCUGAAAAAAUGUCCGAUCACUUAUGGUACCUAUCUGAGGAAUUAGUUGUUUUUUCGUUAUUCGAUGCAAAUGUUUCACUGGAUAUGAAAAGAAAAAUGGUAGUAAAUAUUAAAUCUUCGAAAGCUAAUGCAAAAAAUUUUAAGCGAUUUGUGAUAAAAGACAACGUAAAGUCACUAUUGACAAUUGAUUUAUGUGACUUAGUCUCAGAGCAAUCUCUGUUUUUGUUAAAAAAAUUUAAUUUACCAUAUAACUUUCUCGAUGAUGAUGUUUCAUUAUGGCCAACUAAUGAGAGUUACCAGAAAGCUAUCUUGUUUUUGAGUAAAGUCCGAGUUAUAAAUGAUACAGCAGAACGUGGUGUAUCUUUAAUAAGUGAGUAUAAUCUAACUCUUACAAAAGAUGAAGAAGAUUUUCAGUAUUUAUUACAAUCUGUUAAAAAACAUAGAGAGAUGUAUCCGAAUUGUAAUAAAACAGACUUAACGUAACAGUUAAGCAAUCAAUAUCUUUCAAUUU